AAGUUUUCCCCACAGGCAGAGAACGUGGCAGCUAAGGUCAGGGGCCCGCCACAUCACAGCCCUAAAAAUAUCCCCUGCAUUUGAUGCCCCGUCACAGAGCAGUUAUACAAUCUGCGCCUGCCAGAAUUAAACCUCACCAUGUUCUGCCUUAAAGGACGGCUUCACAACAAGCUGCCAGGAUGAUGAAAACAAAAUUUUCAAGUAGGAAAGGGAAGGACUUGGAUCUCUUGGUGAGUGGAAUUGGAGAUGCAUGUGAAAACAAAAAACAAAAAUUCCAUUUUUCAUGAUUACAGAGGGAGAAAGUAGAAAGGGAGAAAAAGCCAGAGUGGUAUUUCUUCUCUCCGUUAAGCUUAUAAAUCAUGUGUGAAAGGAAGCCGCAGUGAGAAAAUGGCUUCUCACAAGUCAAAGACUGGCACAAAGAUAAAUGUAACAAAGGAAUCCAGUCCAGUGGAUGAAUAUGUUACACCUGGGGGCUAUGAGCUGGAGAAAAUCCUCAACCGUGGGAGUGUGGCUUACACUCAUGUCAACGAGGUCUGGCCCAACGUCUACAUCGGGGACGAGGAAACUGCAAAGGACAAGUAUAAUCUGAAGAAGUUGGGGAUUACGCACAUCCUGAAUGCAGCAGAGGGAACGUGGAACAACGUGGACACUGGAGCUGGUUAUUACAGUGACAUGAACAUUGUCUACUAUGGUGUCGUAGCGGAAGAUGUCGCAACAUUUGACCUGAGCCAGUACUUCUUCUCUGCUGCUCGGUUUAUAGAGCAAACACUGAGAAAUCCUCAGAAUAAACUGCUGGUGCACUGUGUGAUGGGAAGGAGUAGGUCUGCAACCCUUUUCCUUGCCUACCUCAUGAUCCAUGAAAACAUGACGGUGGUCGACGCCAUCGAGCACGUGAAAAAACGACGAAGGAUCAUCCCAAACUGGGGUUUCCUGAAACAGCUGAGAGAGCUGGACAUGCACCUGCUGGAGAAAAGGGAAGACUCGGUAGAGCAGAGCUGAAAGUCGGACUUAUUUAGCAAGAUGAGCAUCGGGCCAGGUGUUCAAGUCUGAUGUCAAGUAUUUUGAGACGAAUUGCCAUAAUGGGCAUAAAGUUUGGCCAUUUAAGACAAGUACAAAUUGUUUGAAGACAUUUGGGGCUUGUUUACAUCUUUACAAGUAAUUUGAAACUUCUUAUUUGUGUUCUGUCAGUUGAAGUUCAGUUAAGGGGACUGGCUAAAGACAUACUGGAAAUGUUCAGUAAUGUUGUUGAGUCUGUUUAAGUAAGUGUGACCAAUGACGAUGUAACAAGGUCUUGAAGGGUCAUUUCAUACAGGAAUAUUUUACCACAGCCUCUUGUGACUCUCCCAAGGGGCAAGAGGGCACUCGAAAAUAAGGAUUAGUGUUAAAAAUGAGAAAUGAACCCAAUCUGAGCCACUAGUCAUUUGAGGCGGGUUUUACUCAAAGUAACACAGCAGGUCAAGUUUAGGUCUAAAUCAUUAGUCAGGAAAAUUAAGUUACGCCAUUUCAUCAAGGCCAAUUUAGUUCUCUUAAUGUUUGAGUCAUGUCAGAUUCAAAUCUUAAGUAAUUUUUAAUUGACGACAAUCCAAUCUCAAGUUAGUUCCCAGAUCUAUUACCAAAACUUGUAGGCUCAUUCAUGUCUAAAGAAUAAAUCUGAAUUACUUAAAGACAGGUCCAAGUCAUUAGCCUUUGUCAAAGUCUCAAGAUUUUUCAUCUUAGCAAGUCAUCUGAAAGUUGAUGCGAGGUAAAUAUGGCAAUAGAGAAGUUCUCUAAGUCAUACAAGUUUAAGUCCUUGCAAAGAGAAACCAAAUUUAGGUUAAGUUUGUUAACUGAGAUCUUAGUCAAGUUACAUGUUAUUUAUAACAAGUAGAUUUUAAGUCUCAUGUUAAGUCCAAGAUUAAAGUAACAGGUAUUUUGAAAUGAGAUGUGAUCCAGAGAAGUUUAAAUCCCAGGUACAUUAGAGAAAAUCUCUCAUCAGGUCUCAGAGAAAGUCAGAUCUGUCAUAGUCAAGUUACAAGUCAUUUGAUAAAAGUACUAAACCAAAAAUGAGUUUCUGAGAGCAAGUUAAAUUCAUGUUUGCAGUAUCUUGAGACUUGUCAAAGUUUGCUCUUUAGUUGUUUCAGUAAAGUUUAAGCCUACUCAAAGUAUAAUUGACAAGUUCUGUUAAAAUCAGCUGAGUUCUCAAGUUGAGUUUGGUUCAUGUCAAAAAUAAUUUUAUAUUACAACCCCUGGUCAAGUUGCAAGACAAGUCCAAAUCAAGUCAGAGGUCAUUUGAGAGAAGUUUUUUUUAAGUACAAGUCUAAUCAUAAGUACUUAAGAAAAAAAAAUCUCAAACCUGGUUGAAAAAGAUGGAAGUUUAACAAGUCAUUAGAGACCCGUCCUUGCCAAGUCACUAGUCUUUUCAGACAAGUUCUACACCAAAUAAAGUUUCAUCAGAUUAAGUCAAAUUUGGGUCCAAAGUACAAAGAGACUGGCCAGUGUCAGAUUUUAAAUCCUUUAAGGAAAAUUAAAAAUUAGUCAUUUUAGACAAGAUCUAGACCAAGUAAGAGUCAAGUUAUCAAAAUUAAGUGUCAUUUUAGUUACAAGCAAGUCUUAUGUCAAGUCCCAGGUUUAUCAUGACAUGUAGCAAACCAACUGCUGAAUCAUUGAGGACAAGGCCAGUCAAGUGAUGAACAAUAUUAAAUGAAUAUCAAGUCUCCCAGUGCAGAUUUCAACAGGUCUUAUAGUGCAAGUUUUAUGUAUGUCACAAAUCUGAAUAAAUAAAUUUAGAAUAUAUGAGUUUUGAUGUGUUUUAAGUGUUUUAUCAUAUUGAAAGGCGUUUUUGUGAAGUUUUAAUCAAUAACCAAGUCAAGUGCUUUUAAUGCAGAGAAUAAUAUUAAAUGUUUUUCUAUUUAA